GCCAAAACCCUACACUGGCUCUAUGAAAAAACAGUUCUGUACAGAGGAAGUUAAGUAGAAGAGAAGCAGAUUCCUGCCUUGACCUUUCCCAGGAGCUAAUAAUAGUUACUUCCCACAGAAGGAAGGAGGGCUGAACAGUUACUGUCCCUAUAUCAUACCCCUUUCUGAGAAGUUACUGAUUCCAGGGUAGUACAUACCCCCUGAUGCAGAUGUGUCAGUCACAGAACAGUGUGAUACAUUAAUCACUGAGAGACAGGGAAGCAUGUUACACAACAAACUGGAAAUGCACUUAUGAAAAGAUAAAACAGAAAGGCGUUCAUAUGUGGGAAAAAGAAAAUAUAGAGGGAAGAUUGAAGAAAAUGGGAACAGGAACAAGGGAAGGGUCAAAAAGUGAGAGAAACACCAGUUUAUAAUGAAGGGCGAGCGAACAGAAAGAGAAAGAUUAAGACGAAGGGACUAAAUAACAAAGCCAUAGAAGGAGUGAGAGAAAGAAGAGCAAGAAAUACAAGAGCACCUGAGUUUAUGUGCUGCUUUGCUUCUGAUAUAUUUGGAUCUUCGGAAUAGCCAAUGAGGAAACUAAGAUGGAUUCAUCUGGUUUUGAUAAGGGCCUCACCAUUGAUGAAAUAGUGGCGAAAUGCAUCCAGAGCUUUGAUAAGGAUGGAAAGCUAUCAGAUCCUGAAUUGGUCCAGAUGUUUUUGAUGAUGCAUCCAUGGUAUAUACCAUCUGGCGACCUUGCUAAAAAACUCUUUGCUCUAUCUGAAUCUGGUGAUAAUAUUGAACGGGAGAGGAUCUGUCAACUUGUGAGAUUCUGGAUAUCUGAGUUUCCUGCAGAGUUUGAUCUCAACCCAGAACUUGGGGAGCAAAUCCGAGACCUAAAGAGAGCACUGGAGAACAAAGGAAACAGAAGAGAGAGUAACCUAAUAGACAUCGAGAGUGUCCCAUCCUAUGGAUGGAAGCGACAGGUGACACAACGGGGCCCAAGUGGCGGCAGAGUUCGAAAGACAUCCUUGUUGUUUGACCACCUAGAUCCAGCUGAACUAGCUGAACAUUUAACACACUUGGAAUUUCACUCAUUCUCAAAGAUUCUGUUUCAAGACUACCACAGCUUUGUUCUUCAUGGCUGUACAGUUGGAAACCCUGUUUUGGAGAGGUUCAUAGCCCUGUUCAAUGGGGUGUCUCAGUGGAUCCAGCUCAUGGUGCUUAGUAAACAUACCCCUCAACAGAGAGCAGCUGUGAUUAAACAGUUUGUACAGGUGGCAGAGAGGCUGCUCCAGCUGCAGAAUUUUAACACUCUAAUGUCUGUGGUGGGUGGUCUUAGCCACAGUUCCAUUUCACGACUUAAGGACACUCAAUCUCACAUUAGCGCAGAAACUACCAAGGUGUUUGAUUCCCUCUUGGAGCUCCUUACCUCUUCAGAUAACUAUGCAAGAUACAGGCGCAGAUUUGCAACGUGUGAAGGUUUCCGUUUCCCUGCAUUGGGAGUUCAUCUGAAGGACCUCAUGGCACUCCACGUGGCACUGCCUGAUUGGGCAGACAAAGCAAAAACCAUCAUUAACAUCUCCAAGAUGCGCCAAGUCUACAAAGUUGUUCAUGAGCUCACUGAAGCACAGAGAUUGGAACCUCCAGUUAAAGCCAACCCUGAUUUGCUAAACUUGUUGACGGUUUCUCUUGACCAGUAUCGCUCAGAGGAAGAAAUCUAUCAGCUGUCUCUUCAGAGAGAACCUCGGGCCCGAUCUGCGCAAACGAAUGCAAAAUCUCCACCAUCUCCAUCACCUCCUUUAGAAGAAUGGGCAUCCCUCAAAGCUAAACCAGAUCAAGCUCUGUUGUGCCAACACAUCGAGAAAAUGGUGGAGUCCGUGUUCAGACUGUUUGAUGAAGAUGGUGAUGGUCACAUAUCUCAGGAAGAAUUCCAAAGUGUCCGUAGCAAUUUUCCUUAUCUAUGCGCCUUUAACGAAAUAGACCAGAAUCAGGAUGGGAAGAUCAGUAAACAGGAGAUGACCUCAUAUUUUCUGCGUGCUAGCUCAGUGCUCGAUUGUAAAAUGGGAUUUAUCCACAAUUUUGCAGAGAGGACAUUCCUGCGACCUGUGUCAUGUCAGCAUUGCGGAAAUCUGAUACUUGGAAUCUAUAAGAAGGGACUUAAAUGUAGAGCCUGUGGGAUCACUUGCCACAAGCAUUGCAAAGAUCAUCUUUCUAUAGAGUGCAAGAAGAGAUCCAAAAGUGUGAGUGAGAGGGGUGAGUCACUGGAGAAGGGCCGCCACUUCUCUUUCACACUUCCGAGGUCAUUUCGAAGAUCAACAUUGUAUCCAGACUUGAGAGAGGAAGAGCCACAUCUGGAGGACGAUGGUGUCUUUGACGACCGCUUGUAGUAACUAAUUUCCCUACAUUGAAGACCAAAGAAAGAAUAGGGAAGGCGGUGACAAACAGACAUUGAAUCACGCCACUAAUUAACAAGAACAAAUAACAAAGGCAUGAGUGAAUAAUAUGGAUGCAGAUUAUGAGAGAACUCAGGGGCACUGACAGAAAGCAAUAACUCUUUCCAUUGUAUGCACCUGUUUGUCAUUAGCUACACUUGCCAAAUAUAUACUCCUGCUUAAGAUAUCUUCCUCUUGCUUCCAGAGAAAAACGAAAGAAACCAUGAUAAUCAGAGAUGCGUCUGGCUAAUGCUCCUUCAUGACAAAAAUAUAUGCUCCUUGGGCCAUAUUGGGAAUUUCAAGUUGAAUACAAAUUGAAGACUUGUAUACAUGUUUCAGUUCAAAGCAAGCUCAGGUUCCCUAAGAAUCUGUCUCUGUCUAAAUGUUGAUGUCCUGAUUCUUAGAGAGACUGCCCUUCAUUCUAGAAGACUUAAGAUGGACUUACAUGGGUCGAUAAAAGCUGCCAACUGUCGUCAAUUUAUGGGGACCUACCCAAAUGAUAUCUGGCCAAAAGUCAGCCAGAUGUUGAUCCCAUCACGUUUGGGUUUUAAAUCCCAUCAUGGUGAGAAGUGCAUUGGCUUGUGGAUGCGGUUCUCUCCCUGAUGGCCUACAUCCCGUCAAUGCGAUUCAUUCGUUUGGCCUUAUAUGGUUGGUGCAUAUCAGGGAAAGAUCUUUCAGUGUACAGCCAUCUUUACCUAGACUAGCACUGAGCCAGAAUGAUUGGCAUUAUGGAAUAUAUAUCUAAACAGGUUAGUGACUGAUCUACAGAUAUUUGGACAUAUUUUAUUAAACUCAGAAGCUUUAUUCUCACAAGCUUUACACUGCAGCACUUUUUUCUACUACAAUUGCUAUAUCUUAGUAAAGAUCAAAAAUAUGUACAGGGCUUUGCAAAAUUAUACAGGCCCCUCUUUUUACUGAAUAACAAAUCAUACAGCGAAACUUUAUUUCAAAACACUGAAACUCAAAAUGAGUAAAAAUGUCUAUAUCAGAAAUAAUCUUUUUCAUUGGCUUUACGUCAAAUGUACCAGCUUUGAACACUGUUUGGGAAUGAUGUGGCCCAAUCAUUCCAGUCAUUUUUGCCACAGAUUUUUUCAACUGGACUCAUUUAACCACUUACCUUUUUGCUUGAGUCACUCCAAUAUUACUUUUUUUUUAUUUGGCCUUGUAAUUGGAGGUAUUGUUCAGCUGAAAGACGAAAUGUUGCAGUUUUAGUAGACUGAUGUGGUCAAAAAUAACAUCAAGCAUUCAUAAAUCCCCUAAUUUCUUCUAGAUAGCAUGUAUCUUGGUUGGAAAAGAUUCUAGUGCUUUUGAGAAGCGUUACCCAAGGCACCUGAGGCAGUUUUAAAAGGAUCUCAUUUUGGGAGAAAAUGGUACAUUUAAGGGCAUAUUUUAAGGUCUGAACUUGAAAUUAUGGACAUUAAUUACAAUUUUGGACACCUUUAAUUUCCAUAUAGCCCUGUAAAUAAUUUUACAUCAAUUGUUUUACUCCAUUUCACCUAGUUAAGGUAGUUUGCUGUGUCAGGUUUACUCAAAAAAAAUAAACAUUGCAUAUUUAUAUAAAUAAUGAAUACAUAAAAGCAUGUCACUUCCAUAGCUGUAGAUAUUAAUUAAAAUGAGUCAUUUUCUAGAAGAUGUUCUUCAAGGAUCGCUACCCUCCUUGCUACUGAAGCGGGAAUAAGUAGCAUUAUGUCCCUUAAACACACUCUUUUUUCAAAUGCUUUCAAUAUCCUAUUGCUGGUUGUAAAUAUGUAGGGGAAGAUUAAACAAUUGCUAUGUUCCCAAGGAACCCCUUCAACUGAUGUCCAAGAUCCCUAUCUACCACCACUUCUGUUGCCCAUUUCUGUUUGCGUCAGGAGACCAAAGAUUUAUAAAUGAGGGUUGCUGCUGUUGAAAAGUCAAAAACAUCAAAUCUACUUGUUUCUAACUUUAAAUGACUUGCAUUGCCUGUCCUAUUAUAUAUCCAGUUUCUACCUUCUGGUCAUUUCAACUGUUGAAUAAAGCACUUGAUUCUUAUUUUACAAAUUAAGAAGUACUAUUAACUGGGGGAAAAUAGUAAGAUGUUUCUGUGCUUCUCAGGUUUAACUGAAGGUGACUGGCUCUGCAUUGCCUUUAAAUGUUUAAGGGAAAUACUUAUCCAACUCAACCUCCUACAGUACUUUUAUGGUAUUUUUGUAUGCCAUUUUGUGUGUUGUUGGGAAUGGUAUGUUGCCAAUACUUAGGGCCCCAUUAAUGUAGGGGGUGGUGGAUUAUGUUUAUAUGUGUACUCCUGCAUUCCACUUAAAUAUAAAUUGGAUCACAAACUGUUAAGGGCCACCUUAUUUGUUGAUAGAUAUCUGUGUAGGUACAAUUCUUUACCAUUAAUUUUGGCAUGGGUAGGUCCAAAGACCGUGUUCUACAUCAGUGCUGUAAGCUCAAAGGUAAACUGUCCCUUUCUAAUGAAUAUUAAACAUCAAUCCCAAAUCUCAAACACGGUUUUGACCUAAAUAAAUCUAGUUCUCAACAACUUCUGCCAAUAAAACAACACUUCACUCACAGUCACACCAUUGGUUGAAUUAGCACAUGUUUCUUCAUGUGAGCAGUAAUGCCACAUCAAGGCUUCAACCCUGUUACUGGCAUUCACACACCAUUCACGCCAGGUGUAACGCCUCAGGGGAGAUCCAAUGUGAAUAAUUUGCCAUUGGUUCUCCUCAGUGAGAUGUCAUUUUGCUUGUAACACAAAACGUGACACAAACAAAGACAACACAAAAGAGGUUUAAACUGCAUGUGUCUAUGAGUUCCACCCUUUGCUAAUUUAACUUUAACUAAUUUAACUAAACUUAUAGGCGAAGAUAAAAGAAAAACCCCAUCUGAAACGGCUGCCAAUUUGCCUCAGAUAGGGAAAAAACCCUUGGCCUGGAAAAACUACAGAACUAUAUACAAAACUAACAGGUAUGGGUUCUAUAGACAUGAUGUGCAGGAAGGCAAAGCAGGCUGCGAUUGUAGCAUCUGCUUGCCUUCUAAUUACACCCUUAGCCUUUCGUAUCUAACAUUUUAUCACACAGUCACGCACCAUUUGAUCCACAUAUAUUAUACUUACCCCUUUUCUUACCGUACCCAGAUGAGCCACUGCCCUGCAGGAUGUUACUAAAGAAGGAGAAGCUGAUGGUGCAACCAGGGAGGCAAGAGAUGAUACAGGCUUUUUGCAGCAGGUGGAGCUGAUCUUGAAGCCCACAUAUAUGCCCCUGUCCUCUGAUCUUAGAUACAUAUGCUAGAUGGAAUAGCAUGUUAGUAUUACUGGCUGGAUUACAUAUAAAAAUAUGUACCUACUGCAGCCAGGAGGACUGUAAAAAAAAUUAGUUUCUUAAUGUAAUUUUUAUCCUUCUCGGGGUCAAGAUAUGACAGUGGGGGCUUUCCAUCAUACGGCCUGAAUAAUUCAGCUGAUGGGUGUAUAAAAGGGAAAAUAAAUUAUUUUAGUCAAGGUGUAACAAAAUAUUAUAAGCAAGAGAACAGUUACUGUAUUUGCUUUUAGAGGUCCAUAUGUAUGGUUUAAAUUCUGGAGCAGUUGGUGUUUUAGUUUGCCAUGAAUGUGACAUCCUUGUUUAAUAAAGAUUACAAUUGAAAUGUCCAUUAGAAAUGGAAGUGCCAUAUCACUUCCUUAUGUAAAUAGGUUUCUCAUGGGCUGUCAUGGCUGUGUGAUUAUGGAGAUUUGUGUGUUUAAUGCUUAAAUAAAAGUUUAACCUACUGCUUUCUGAUCCACCUA